UGGUUCUAAUUUCUGUCCAGCAGUUGUUUUGGUACUUGUUUGUUCUCAUACUCUGGACAGUGAUGCCAUCUGCACGCGUAGUGAAGUUUCAGAAAGAACUGGGAUGGAUAGACAGUGCUUUAGAACUCGCAACAAAAGUAUCAAAAUUAUCAAGAAGUUGCACUCUCCUCACGCUCCUCGCUGUAUAGUUUUCCAGUACUCUGACGUGGUGCGUUAGGCAAAUCAAAAUGCUUUAUAUAAAAGCAAACAUUCAUAAAUAAACCCAAAAUCAGUUCGGAAGACUUGUGUAGGGUACAAUUUUAUGACGUAUGGUAACUUUGUUCAUUUAUGUCUUCACAUUUUAGUGUAUUUUCCUUAUACAGAGUGAAAUGCACGUCAGUGAUGUUGAUAGUACAACUUGGUGUCUCAAUGCUUUAAGCCAGUGCGUAUAAACCGGUCGUGAUUUUAGAAAUGUGUUGAUAGUGUUGUUUUCCAAGUUCCACAAAGUAGCGGGAUAUUAAACUGCCGACCACGCCAACCAUACACCAUGGAGCAAUGUGUAACAAUAGACAUUUCAUCUUUUCACUGAACGUGAAUGAACUACGACAUGGUUUUGGGCGUAGGAUGUGUAGGAAUGAAUGCCUCAGUUGCAGUGAACAUGUGGAAUCCUAACAAUAUAUUGGACGUCGGAAGGAACUUAUCGUUUCGCUUCGGGCUACUUAUUCUGAAUCAGCCAAUAAAUAUUCAGAGGGAUUUCAUGCUUUGUUUAUGGAACAGAGCUUCUGUGAGGGUAGCAGUGGAUGGUGGCGCAAACUGCUGGUUUCAUUUUCUGCAGGGUACAGACUGUGUUGUACCAGAACUUGUGACAGGCGAUUUUGAUUCCAUAAAGCAAAAUGUUAUUUCAUAUUUUAGAAGCAAAGGUUCUGAAUUUAUUGCAACACCAAAUCAAGAUGAAACUGAUUUCACUAAAGCUCUGAGAGAGAUUCAGAGCAUCAUAACAAGCCAGAACUUGCAGCUAGAUGGUGUAAUUGCAGUAUGUGAGACAGCGGGUCGGCUAGACCAGAUUCUGUCAAAUUUAAAUACCUUGUACAAGGCAAAAGACAUCUUGGGAAAUAUUCCAGUGUAUCAGUUGGCUAGAGACUCGCUAACAUGGCUGCUUAGACCUGGAUCACAUCAGAUAAAUGUCGGAGAUGAAAUUGUGAAGAAACGUGGAUGGUGCAGCUUAAUUCCUCUUGGUGCAGGAGUUGAACAUGUUACUACCACAGGCCUCAAAUGGAAUCUUAAUAAUCGACUGAUGGAGUUUGGGGGAACAGUGAGCACUUCAAACACGUACAGUGGUGAUCCAGUGAUAACAGUCAAGACGAGCGGCUCCUUAGUAUGGUGCAUGGGCCUUUGUGAUGAUGAAACUUAGCCUCUUUUUGUGUGGAGAUGUAUGUGAAGAUUGUACUUUCAUUUGCAAUUUAGGUUGUAAGAAAAAGACUUGCAUCAGACCUGCAAAGAGAAUGGAUUUAUCCAUGUGAAAUUCUUUAUGAUGCAUUACGUAUAAUACCAAAAUGGCAGAAAUAUCAACAUCUUUUUUAAAAGGUAACAUUAGAAUUAUUUUAUUAGUUUUAAUGAAAUUGUUCCAUGUUUGAUUUCUUCCUUGCAAGAUUUGUAUCUUCAUGCCUUCUGAAGUUGCUUACUGAAAUUAAUUUUCUGUAUACAAUGCAAGAGGUUCCUGUCCACAAUGUUUCUUCACCCAGAGUAUUCAAAUUGUCAUCAUUGUCACCACCACCACCAUCAUCUUCAUAGAUUGGGCCACACACGGUCUGUUCUGUCCUCUUGAAGAGUAUGCUGAUAUCAUUCCAGUAUUCAUAUUGUUUGGUACCUUAAGGGUAUUUUUAACCCAUUUAAUGUUUCUCUCAUGAAAACCCAUUUUAAUGUUUUCAAAUAUUGAACUCCUUUAAAAGCAAAAUAUUGUCACUGUUUACAUGUGUUACUAGAUAGGCUAUUUAUUGGCCACUUACACCGCUCAGAAGUACAAGUAAUUACAGCACUAUCACUAAUCAACACACUCUACAAAUCACCACGGCACGUGCUAAGCCAUUUUCCAGCCCUCUGUGUCUUCAUCAGUUCCCUCGCAAUGGCUUCUAGCAGUGGAAAUUCUUCAGCUUCACAUGCUCAGGUUCUGUCUUCACAGCCUCCCAUGCAGAACUCAACUGACUACUAAUUAACUAACUGCCAGGCUGGUGGCCCUUUCACACCAAUCUCCUAGUCUUCUCUUCACAGGCUGACUUUCAACUAACAACUCAUUGGGUCACCCCAGUUGUGUGCUAGAUAACUCCUCAUCAUGGACCACAUAGAAAACACCCCCGCAUCCAUUGUUGUAGUCCAGCUGUUGCAGCUAUCAAGCAAGGGUUGCAUAACAUGGUUUCCAACAGCAAAUCUAAUGUUGUAGAGAAGUGUUUACUGCUUUGGAAGUCUUUGCCUCUCAGUGGGUCUAUACACCACAAUAUCACAAUAUGUUUCAACCUGCAGGGCGACCUUUACUUAACUCUUGUAGCAUAAGUCAUUCCAUUGUGUAAAGCUUAUUUUGGUUAUUACCUUUAGCACAGUCUAAACAAACACGGUCAGUUAAUCCUUCAAAGAUGUGCUAAAAUAGCACAUGUCUGCCCCUACACGUUGCAAGUCCCUGCUGUUCCAGUAUUCUCUCUAGUUCUUCAUUUCUUCUUUCCAUAUUACUGUAAGCCUCAACUUGGUAAAUAGUUGUUAAUUGAUCUAGUCUCACUUUUUAAUAAUAUUACAAAGUUUUGUAGCUUUUGAGGGCUGUAGAUGCAUGCUGCAAUUCACGCAUUCCAAAGAUGUUUUCACUGCUGUUUCCAUGUGAGGUGCACACCUUUCAUGAUCUACCAGGAAGUUUUUUUUUCCCAAUAAGUUGGAACAUACCUUGGAAAGUGCUUAUGUUUUGUUAAAAAACAUACUGCUUAAAAACUAAGUAAACAGUGUUUACCCCCAUUUCAAACCCUUAGAAAUAAACACUGAAAAAAAUAAAAAAAAUCUCUGUGCAAAUACUUGUAAUUACACAAAGAUAUCAAAUUAGUUUCUGUAAUUAUUAAUGACAUAUGAAAUAAGAAUUGAGAGAAAUAUAGCCGAGAAUGAAAGAACUUUCAGUGCCAGUAACAGUGUGGCUUCAGUCUCUGUUCAUUAUGUGACGUCAGUCACCAAAGAUUGUAGUUGCACAGUAACAGUUUAAUGAGUAUAUCGUCACAUGUGUGAGUGACUAUAGAUGGGAUUUGAAUUGGUGGCUCAGUUUGUUGACCACUUACCCACAUAACGUGUAACUACAUGCAACUAUAAUAGCCCUACUGGUAUACACACUCUAUAGAUCA